GCAAUUCGUUGACGUGCGUUCAUGCCAAGCGGUCGUCGCUUGUCGCAGCUCCCAGCUAACUACACACACGGCCAUCGUGCCCCGCCAACCUAUAGCCCCCGGCUACCCCCAUCUCCAUCACUGGCCUCGCGAUCGCGCAACGAAAGUAAAAGUGACGAAAAAAGAAAAAAAAAAAACAGCCAAAAAUUAUCCAAAAACGAAAUACGAAAAAUACGACAAGGAAAACAAACUAAGAUAUUCUAACGGUUAAAAAAGCUAAGCGGCGCUCGAGCAGCGCUUAUUACACAACUGGCGCCCCGAAAGAGAGGAAGAAAAGAAACGAAGAGUUUUUUAUGUGUGCUUUUUGUGUGAUAAUUAAAUAUCCGAUUUUUCGCUUUGCCUCGCUGUGAAAAUGAUUUAAACAAAGUGUCCACAAAGAAAUUUUUAAAAAUAUUAAUAAAAAAAAUAAAACGAAAAGCAAACGACACACAUUUUGGAACUUUUUAUAUAGGUUUUUGGAAUUGUUUAUGCACACACGCACAAUUUAUUUUUAUUUUUUUUUCGAUAUUUUUUUUGUGUAUUUUGAGUGAAAGUGAAGCAGGGCAAGCGACGCGUCGAACGUGCCCCAUCAAUUUGUGGGAUAUUUUAUUUUUUAUUUUUUUUUUCUGCCUUAUUUAAAUCAUGCGCUUACAAGGCGCGCUGCGGCCGCAGCUGGUGAUGCUGCUGCUGCUGGCGUUGGCAGCGACUGUCGCGCAGGCGGCCAUCGACAACAAGGACAACAAGUCCUCGCCCAUCAUCAGCGCCGAUCAGCACAAUGUCAUCAAUUUGAGGCUGCACACGGAAAACAACAACAACAGCGGCAGCGACGCCGACGUCAGCUUUGAUCUGACGCGCACGCAGCGACUGCGCGAUGCGCUCAAUGUUUUCGAUCUGUCGCUGCUCGCGUCGCAGUGGCCACGCCUCGAAGCCACACGAAUGCUGAGCGUAAACUGCACGAAGGACAUGCGCAGCUAUCUGCACGGCCUGACCGAUUCCAAAAUGUGGGCUGUGAAAAUGGACGAUGCUUCCGGCCAUUAUACAUCCGGUUUCUUCUAUGGCAACAAUUAUUGGAUGGGUUCGUUGGCCCUUUGCGAUGCCAUUUACGAUGGCUCGAGCACCAUCGACAGCAGCAGCAGCAGCCCCAACAGCACCGCCAGCAAGGACAACAGCACAGCGAACAAUGGGAAUGCCAAUGCCAACGGGAACGCGAAUGGGAAUGGGAAUGGGAAUGGGAAUCGGAACAAUGGACUGCCCUUUGCCGAGGCAUAUGCCGAGGCCUACAGCAGCGUCUACAAUGCGCCGCCUCCGUUUCUGCCCGGCUUCUAUGUGCUCAAGCUGCAGCUAAAUGAGACGAUGCCAACACAGGUGCUGCGCACCAUUUACAUGGGCAUGUGCCUGCCCUCCACCUGCAGCAUUGCGGACGUGCAUCGGAUGAGCGGCUAUGCGCGGCUGGAGCUGCCCAGCCGAGAGCUGCGCGUGCUGGACAUACGCGUGCCCACGGACAAGGAGUUCAACAUAUGGUCGGACAAGACCUUCUGCCUGCUGAUCGUGGUAUCCGGCAUUGUGCUCGGCCUGAUCUGCUGCGGCACGCUCUACGAGAUCUACUUGACGCGCCAGCUGCAGGAGGCGCUGCGCCUGCAGGACAAGGAGAUGAUGAACAACAGCGAGACGAGCUCCGGCAUUGGCUGCGCCUCCUCCGACUACAGCGACACGAUGACCGGCCACGAGGACCCAUUGAAGCAAUCAAUCAAUCAAUCCGACUCGCUGAAGCAGCUCGACCAGCUGGUGCUGCAUCUGCCGCCCGCCGGCGACAAUGACAGCGGCAAUGGACACCAUCACGAGCACGAGCACGAGCACGAGCACGAGCAUGAGCAUGAGCUCGAGCAUCACGAUCACGAGCGCAUGACCGUGCACCAUCAUCAUCGUCAUCAGGGAGGCAGCAGCGGCAGCAGCAGAAGCGGCAGCGCAGUCGUUGGCAUCGGCAGCGGCAGCGGCAGCAGCAGAAGCGGCAGCAACAGCAACAACAACAACAACAACAACAAUAGCAACUCGGAUGAGCACCUGGAGGGUCACCUGCACGAGCCAGAAAAGCUAAGCAUCUACUCGGAACUGUUGCUCUCCUUCUCGGCCAUCACGAACUUCAAUGCGAUUUGCGAUCGGAACGUGGGCGCCGACACAAUACCCUGCAUCCACGGAUUGCGGGCCUUCAGCAUGGCCUGGGUCAUACUGGGACACACGUGCAUUGUUGUCUUCAAGUAUUCGGACAACAUGGAGAUGCGCAAAGAGGUCGAGCAGAACUUCUUCUUUCAGGCGAUCACGAACGGACCGUUCAGCGUGGACACGUUCUUCUUCAUCAGCGGUUUCCUCAUCUCCUACCUGUACUUCCGGACCAAUGCCAAGGGCAAGCUGAACAAGCUGACCAAGGGCACUAACGAGUUUACCGCCGGCACUGCCCACUUUUUUGGCCUGGUCGCUUAUCGCUUUAUGCGUCUAACCGCCCCCUAUCUGUUUGUGCUGGGCGUCGUCCAGGUGACAAUGCGCUACCUGGCCGCCUACUCCAUAUUCGAUCCGCCGACCAUGGAUCACAUAACCUGCCCGGACUAUUGGUGGCGCAACAUACUCUACAUCAAUACGCUGUUUCCCGUUGAUGAGAUGUGCAUGUUGUGGAGCUGGUAUCUGGCGAACGACACGCAGUUCUAUAUGAUCGGCGCCAUUAUCCUGAUCGUGGGCGUGAAUCAUUUUAAGCUGUCGGCAAUCACCACGCUGGUCUUUCUGGUGCUAUCCUGGAUAACGACAGCCGUGAUUGCCUUUACGAACAACCAUCGUCCGAAUACCGAUGAUCCCUUGGCGCUGUUCGACAAGAUCUACGACAAGCCCUGGACCAGGCUGGGACCGUAUUUAAUUGGCAUGGCCGUCGGCUGGAUAUUGUUCCGGACCAAUUGCAAGAUCCGUUUGCCCAGGCUGACGGUGGCCACCGCCUGGACGCUGGCCAUGUUGAAUCUGUUCGUGCUCGUCUUCGGCCUGUACCGAACGGAUCUCUCGCAGUUCACGGCGGCCGCCUACAGCUCGCUGAGCCAUUCGGCGUGGGCGCUGUCCCUGGCCUGGAUCACCAUCGCCUGCUCGACGGGCUAUGGCGGCUAUAUCAAUUCGCUGCUCUCGGCGCCCUGCCUCUAUCCCUUCUCGCGCGUCACCUACUGCGCCUAUCUGGUGCAUCCCAUUGUCAUACGCUCCAUGGCGCUCAACUCGGAUGCGCCGUUGCAUUUGGGCGGCGAUUUGAUGGUCGUCAUGUUCUUUGGUCUGACGGUCGCCUCCUAUUUCCUGUCCUUUGUCGUCUCGAUGUCCUUCGAGGCGCCCGUCGUCACAAUGCUGAAAAUCUUGUCACCUAGUCGAAAAAAGCGUCUCGCCUAAGCCGGCGUCCUCCCCCCACACUAUUUAUGCGCUACUAUAAACGAAUACAUAUACUACUUUAUAAUACCAUACAGAGAACACUUCUCCACACACACACACACACACACACACACACACAGACACAUCUAUCUAUUCGAAUGUUGUCUCUGUUUCCCCUCUGAUUUAGCACAUUCUCAUUCGUCUCAAGCAAGCAAAUGUCCACAUAUUUAUAGCAUCGAUCGUUCAUUAAUAUCAUUCCUCAACUAUUUCAAUUUAUUCUUUAAACCUCUGUUUGCUCUCUCUGCCACUCUUUCUUUCUUUAUCUCCCUAACAUUCCACAGAUUUGUAUCUAUAUAUAUUUUUUUUUGUUUCGUAAUGUGUACAUUUUAGUCGUCUAAUUUAUUCCAAAGGUUUGGAAAUCUUGUGCGUGUCGAAAAAUAAUAAUAGUACUUAAUAGUAAUAAUUAUAUACAUAAUAUAUAUGAAAAACAUAAAACAAAAACGAAAACAAAUCCACACACACACACACACACACAACUUUAGUACCUAA